AUGUUCUUCUCCCAACCUCCCCACCUCGCAAAGGCAGAGGAGCUUCGGCAGGAGCCUCCGAAGGGCACACCCUAUGCGGUGGGGAUUCCUGGAACAGAGCAGCCUGGCCGCAGUCGCGUGUAUCGGGCAUGGAACUCGCAAAAGGAUUUGCUUGCAUCAUUGGAUCCUGAGGUUUUGACCGCCCACGACAUGUUUGAAUCGACAGCGAAGCGCUCACCGAACAGCCCUUGCCUUGGAUGGCGCCCUUUCAACCCCAAGACGAAGACCUUUGAGCAAUACCAGUGGAUGACAUAUGAGACCGUUCAGAAGCGACGUGCGGCCUUCGGUGCUGGCCUGGUAGAGCUGCAUCAUAAGCAUGAAUGCCACCGUCCCGGCCAGUACGGUAUUGGUCUCUGGUGCCAAAAUCGGCCAGAAUGGCAAAUUACCGAUUUGGCUUGUAUGUCCCAGGGCCUCUUCUCGGUCUCUAUCUAUGACGUUCUGGCUUCCGAUGCCACCGAAUACAUUAUCAACCAUGCAGAGUUGAACUGUGUCGUCACCUCCCUUCCUCACAUCCCGACCCUCCUCAAGUUGAAGAAGUCUUUACCCAACCUCAAGAUGAUUGAUGGCCACUCCAAGCGUGCUAUUUUGGAGUCCAUGGCUGCUGGUCUAGAUGUCGCCAUAUACACCAUCGACGAGGUCGAAGCUUUGGGUGAGGCAUCCAAGCGCGGCUAUAAUCCUCCCACUCCAGAUGAUAUCAUCACCAUCAACUAUACCUCAGGUACCACUGGACCCCCCAAGGGCGUGGUUCUGACCCACGAGAAUGCCGUCGCAGCUACCUCGGCCAGUCUUCUGACCAUUGGCCAGAGUAGCAAUGAUAGCAUGUGCUCGUACCUUCCCCUUGCCCACAUUUUCGCCCGUCUUGUGGAGCACGCAGCCUUAUGGGGCGGUGCUCGCAUUGGUUACUUCCACGGUAACGUAGCCGAGCUGGUAGAUGACUUGAAACUCCUGAAGCCAACAGGCUUUAUCUCCGUCCCGCGCCUUUACACCCGCUUCGGUAUUGCCAUUCGUUCUGCGACAAUUGAAGCCCCCGGGUUCGCCGGUGCUUUGUCGCGAUACAUCGUGUCUGCCAAGACCGCCAACCUGAAGAACUCGCACACUUUCAAACAUGCCUUGUACGACCGCAUCUGGGCCAAGAAGGUGGCAUCUGCCCUUGGCUUGGAACGUGCCAAGUACAUGGGAUACGGCCUGACCGAGUCGUAUGCCUGCACGGCGGUGCAGUCUCUUGAAGAUACCACCACCGGAACCUGUGGUCGCCUUGGUCCUUGUGUCGAAGCAUGUCUCGCGUCCUUGCCAGACAUGGAGUACUCUGUGGACGACAAGCCCUUCCCCCGAGGAGAACUCCUCCUGCGUGGCAAGAGCAUAUUCCGCGAAUACUUCAAGAACCCUGAAGAGACCGCCAAUGCUGUCACUGAGGAUGGCUGGUUCCGGACCGGAGAUGUGUGCACCCUGGAUGCGAAGGGCCGAUUCAUUAUCAUUGACCGCCGCAAGAACGUGCUCAAGCUGGCACAGGGUGAAUAUGUCUCCCCUGAGCGACUCGAAGGUGUUGUGCUGUCAGAGCUUGGAUAUCUCGCCCAAGGAUACAUCCACGGCGACAGCUUACAAACCUUCCUUGUUGGUAUCUUUGGCGUUGCGCCCGACUCAUUCGCUCCCUGGGCAAGCAAAGUUCUCGGGCGAACCAUCGAGCCCACAGACUUGGAGGCAAUCAAGACAGCGGCCGAAGAUGACAAGAUUCGCCGUGCUGUGCUGCGAGAUCUGGCCCGCGUUGCUAAGAAGCACAAGCUUGCUGGUUACGAGCGGGUUCGCAACGUUGCUCUGAGAUUGGAGCCUUUCACUAUUGAGAACAACCUUCUUACGCCAACGCUUAAACUGAAGCGCCCCCCUACUACCAAGAUGUACCGCACGCUCUUGGAUCAGCUCUACGCUCAGGCUUUGGAAGAAGAAGCUGCCCCCAAGGCCAAGCUGUAG